AUGCUUUGUGGAAUCUCUGGAGAAGCUCCUCAAGAGCCCGUCGCGUCGAAAAAGUCAGGUGUCGUGUACGAGAAGCGGCUCAUCGAGCAAUACAUCAACGAGCACGGUACCGAGCCCAGCACGGGCGAGGCUCUCACGGCCGAAGACCUCCUCCCCAUCAACUCGUCGCGCAUCGUCCGCCCGCGCCCGCCUACACUGACAUCGAUACCCGCGCUGCUCGCCACGUUUCAGAACGAGUGGGAUAGCCUCGCAUUAGAAACAUAUAACCUGCGUGAGCAGCUUGCGCGCACGCGAGAGGAGCUAGCCACCGCCCUGUACCAACAUGAUGCCGCCGUUCGCGUCAUCGCCCGUCUGACCAAGGAGAGGAACGAGGCUAGAGAUGCUUUGAGCAAGAUUACCGUCUCCGGUAGUGGUGCCAACGCCGACGAGAUGGCGGUGGACACAGAAGGCCUGCCAGAGGACCUGGCGGCUCGCGUAGACGAGGUUCACCAAGAACUUUCCAAGGGUCGCAAGAAACGUCCUGUCCCCCAAGACUGGGUCACUCCCAGCGAAAUCGCCGCUUUCGAGGUGACAGCUACGAACGCGCUGCCUGUCGCGCAAACAACCUGCUUGGAUACCGAGGGCGCCUACGCUGCUGUGGGAGGUCUGCAGGGACAGGCGGCCAUAUACGCUGUUGCAGCCGACUCGCUGGAGCGCGAGAUUUCCGUGGGCGAACCCGCGACCAGCACGCUCUGGACGGGCUCCAAGCUCAUCUUUGGCACCAAUAAUGGCGGGCUCAAGGUCUUUGAAGGCGGCAACCAGGUGGCUGCUGCUUCCGAGCACUCGGGCCCUACCACUGGUCUAAGCAUCCAUCCUAGCGGCGAUAUUGUUGCCUCUGUCGGAACUGAUAAGAGCCUUGUGCUAUACGAUUUGGCCAGCCUGAAGCGCGUGAGCCGCACAUUUGUUGAUGCCUCACUCACAACCGUGGCUUUCCACCCCGACGGACACCUUGUCGCCGCCGGCACCGUCACGGGCGACGUGAGACUAUACAUAACCAAGACGCUCGAGCAGGCGGCCGUCUUCAAGCUGGGCGCCCCCGUCCAAGCGCUCACAUUCUCCGAGAACGGUUUCUGGCUAGCAGCGACGGCCAAGGGCCAAAACACGGUCACCGUCUUUGACCUCCGCAAAGAGGGCGACGCCGCGACGGCCAAGGUCCUCGAGACUGGCGGCGCCGUGCAGUCGCUCGCGUGGGACUACACGGGCCAAUACCUGGCCACGGCCGGGCCCUCUGGACUAACAAUCCAGCAGUACGCCAAGGGCAACAAGAAGUGGGCGGAGCCGUUCCGCAACGCCACGGGCGCGAUCGCGGUGCGAUGGGGCGAGUCGGGCAAGACGCUGGUGGCUGUCAACGGGGAUGGUGUCAUCAGCGUCGUUGGCGUCAAGGCUCAGGCGGAUGGAGAAGCGGAAUGA